UACGUACAGGUCGUCUUUUGUUUCCGCGGCCUACUGUUUUUCGCGUUCUACUGAACGCCACGAAAAUCUGAUAAGAUAAGGGACAAGUGAAGGUGCCAGAUGUUUGUGAGCGAUCGCGGCCUGCAUCGAUCUUAAAUGUUACACUGCGGGUUCGCGAACCAGUGCUUCGUGUGUGAAAAAGGAUUUAUGUUUGAAAAAAGUGGCGAUAGGUUUUUGUGAGCAGCAUGACGACGCUGGAACUGUACACGAAGGGAGCGAAAGUAUGGAUCCCGCACCCAGAGAAAGUGUGGGAAGGUGCGGAGUUACUUGAAGAUUACAAACCAAACAAGACGACUCUAAGCGUCGCGACAGACGAGAAGGAAAACAAGGUGCUGAACGUUAAGUCGGAGAAAGAUCUGCCUUUCCUGAGGAACCCACCUAUUCUUAUAGGAGAAAAUGAUCUCACUUCCCUGUCGUAUUUGCACGAGCCAGCGGUGCUGUACAAUCUGCAGGUCAGAUUUUGUCAGCACAGAGACAUCUACACGUACUGUGGAAUAGUUCUUGUGGCUAUAAAUCCAUACGAUGAUCUUCCUAUAUAUGACACUGACACGAUCCAGACCUAUCGAGGUCAGGCAAUGGGCGAUCUGGAUCCUCACAUCUUCGCCGUUGCUGAGGAAGCUUACACCAAAUUGGAGAGGGAACAGAGAGACCAGAGCAUCAUUGUGUCUGGGGAGAGUGGUGCUGGAAAGACAGUAUCGGCGAAAUAUGCCAUGAGGUAUUUCGCUACUGUAGGCGGUAGUGCCACGGAAACACAGAUUGAGAAGAAAGUUCUAGCCAGCAGUCCGAUCAUGGAAGCUAUUGGAAAUGCCAAAACGACAAGGAACGACAACAGUUCAAGAUUUGGAAAAUUUAUAGAAUUACAGUUUAACAAGCAGUUUCAUAUUAAUGGUGCCUCAAUGCGAACUUAUUUGUUAGAAAAAUCAAGAGUUGUGUUUCAAGCUCCAGAUGAAAGGAAUUACCACAUAUUCUAUCAAAUUUGCUCAGCCAGGCAACGGUUACCUCAUUUGCAUUUAGUGCAUCAAAACAACUUCCACUACUUAAACCAAGGAGAAAGUCCAGAUGUGUCUGGAGUAGAUGACUUGGAUAGCUUCGAGGAAACUAUCCAUGCUCUCAAUUUAUUAGGAUUUUCCGAAGCCGAACAGAAUGACAUGUUCAAAAUCCUAGCAGCCAUCCUCCACCUAGGUAACAUCGAGUUUUCUGAGUGUAUUAUCGAGACAGAAAACGAACAAGAUCAGGAAGGAUGUGCGAUAAAACCGGGUGAUAAACACAUGAAGGUACUUUCGGACCUUCUUGGCAUAGAUGAGGAGGAAAUGCGUUUGUGGCUUUGCACCAGAAAAUUAGUAUCGAUGAGGGAGAUCUUCAUGAAGCCUAUGAGUGUGGAAGAGGCUGCUGUAUCCAGAGAUGCACUUGCUAAACACAUCUAUGCAGAGCUCUUCAACUGGAUAGUGCUGGUGAUAAACAAAGCCUUAGAAACGGACACCCCAAGACAUAAGUUCAUCGGUGUACUGGAUAUCUACGGUUUUGAAACUUUCGAAACUAAUUCGUUUGAACAAUUUUGCAUAAAUUACGCCAACGAGAAAUUGCAACAGCAGUUCAAUCUGCAUGUUUUCAAGCUAGAGCAAGAAGAAUAUAUCAGGGAAGGUAUAGAAUGGAAGAUGAUAGACUUUUACGACAAUCAGCCUUGCAUAGACUUGAUUGAGACGAAGCUAGGAAUUUUGGAUCUGUUGGAUGAGGAAUGCAGGAUGCCGAAAGGUUCUGAUGGUUCUUGGACAGAAAAAUUGUAUUCUAAAUGCAUGAAAUAUUCCCACUUCGCUAAAGGCCGGUUUGGUUCUUCAUCUUUCGUAAUCAAUCAUUUUGCCGAUAAAGUACAAUAUGAGAGUAACGGCUUUUUGGAAAAAAAUCGGGACACUGUAAUAGAAGAACAAAUUAAUGUAAUUAAAGCCAGUAAAAAUCAUCUAGUCAAAAUGCUCUUUGCGUCCGAAUCCCAAAAGCUGGCACCUCCAGGAACAAAAGUAAAAGUUGUUGCCGCAAAACCUGCUCAAACUUCUCAAAGAACACAUAAGAAAUCUGUAGGAUCCCAGUUCAGGGACUCUCUUAACUUACUGAUGUCCACGCUCAAUGCCACAACCCCUCACUAUGUGCGGUGUAUCAAACCCAAUGACUCCAAGGCAGCUUUCGAGUAUAAUCCAAAAAGAGCGGUUCAACAGCUCAGGGCAUGUGGUGUACUGGAAACUAUCAGGAUAUCCUCAGCUGGAUUUCCAAGUAGAUGGACCUAUGUCGACUUCUUUUAUAGAUACAGAGUACUGUGCAAAUUUAAAGAUAUCAUUAGGAACAAUAUGCAGAAAACGUGCGAGACUAUACUGAAGCAGUACAUAAAAAACCCCGAGGUUUAUCAGUUUGGUAAGACAAAGAUAUUCUUCCGUGCUGGACAGGUAGCUUACCUGGAAAAACUGAGAGCGGAGAAGUUGAAGAGAUGCUGCAUAAUGAUGCAGAAGACAGUCAGAUCGUUUAUAUGGAGAAAGAAGUACUUAAGGAUAAAAAAAUCGACUCUGCUUAUUCAACGCUAUUCCAGAGGCUUUCUUGCAAGAAGACUUGCAAGCAAUUUACGAAGAGAAAGGGCCGCAAAGACCAUUCAGAGGUAUGUCCGAGGUUGGGCUAAGAGGGUUCAAUACCAGAGGCUACGGCAAUGUAUUACUGGUAUCCAGAGAUACGCUAGAGGUUAUUUGGCAAGGCUUCGCUUCCUCAAUCUUAAAUAUAAUGCAAAGGCUAUAAUAAUCCAGAAACACGUACGUGGAUGGUUGGCACGAAGAGAGUAUAAGAGAAUGCGGAGGCAAAUCGUUAUUUGUCAAGCUGCUGUUCGCAGGUUUUUGGCUAGGAGGAAAUACAAGAAGCUCAGAAUCGAAGCUAGAUCUAUCGAACAUGUCAAGAAACUUAACAAGGGAUUGGAGAAUAAGAUUAUUAGCCUACAGCAAAGAAUUGAUGAAGUCAGCAAAACUAACACCGAAUUAAGAAAUUAUCAAAAUGAAGUGAAUGAGUUAAAGAAUAAGAUGACAGCAUUUAAAGCUAUGGAAAUCGAAAUCAAAAACCUGAACAACUUGCUGAUUGAGAAAAAUAAAACAAUAGCGAAAUUGGAAGAAGACGUAAAAGUGGAGAGGGACGAAAAGAUGGACUUGAUUCACGAACAAGAGAAAUACAAAGAAGAAACAGAAAAACACAGGGAGUUAUGGGCUUUGGAGACUGCGAAAUUACGAAAGGAACUGGAGAACAUCAACGAAAUAGUAAAGAUGAACGAGAAGGGAGCUGAAGAAAAUCUAAAGGUGCGACUGGAAGAAGAGAAACUGAUGAUUCUUAACGACGCGGACAGUGAUAGAGAAGCAUACCAGAAGUUGUUGCAACAGUACAACUACUUAGAACAGCAUUGCGAAGAAUUGAAACAACAGCUGCAGAGUCAGAACCAACAGGGCUUCCACAAAAGGAAUGUUAGUGAUAUAAGCAGUAUUUCUACAGCCGAUGAAAACCUUCUUAACAGUGACUUGCCAGAGGAUCACGGGUAUGGCUCUGUUAGAUCGAUUACUAGCAACAGUUCGCAUACUAGGGAAAAAUUGGAAAAUAUUGAUUGGAAGAUAGUUGAUGGAACAAAUGACAGUCAGACCCCGAGUACGAACAGCAGCAGCGAAGCCAACGCCAAACAUGAUACUGAAACGAAAAUUGAUGUUGGUCUCGUACUUAAGCUACAACAUAAACUUGCAGAGGUGGAAAGAGAAAAAAUGAGGAUGCAAAAGAGACUAGACGAGAUCGACAUGUCUCCGAGGACAGAAAAAGCUAAGAACGAUGCAGAUAACGCAGUUAGGAUAUCUGAACUUGAAUUGUGCAAUUCUCAGUUGAAGGCUCAAUUGUUCGAAUUACAAAACAGUAUUAAUGAGGGCACCGGCUUAUCCAAAUUGCACGAGCAAUUGCAAGCGUUACAACAUGAGUUGGAGAGGAAAACGGAGGAGGUGAUUCAGCUGAAGAGUGUUUUAGCGAACCAGACAAAUAACAUGAAAACCAUACUUAACUCAAAGACGAGGACAGGUGAAUACAUAAAUGAAGACGGGGAACUGGCACAAGCAUACGAAACUCAAAAAACGAUAAAUAAACAGCUGGAACUGGAACUACAAGAUGAAAAGUCUAAGUUUAAGGCUCACGAAAAAGAGUACAAACUUGAGAUAGAGAAACUCAGAGAAGAUAAUGAAAGACAACAACGAAUACUCGCCGCCAACUUAACCAACACCCCACAGUCACAAGGAGAAGCUUUCAUGCAGCAUGAAAUAACCAGAUUGACGACAGAAAAUCUCGAUUUGUUGGAUAAAAACGAUACUCUCACGGAAAGUGUAAGGAAGCUAAAGAAACAAAUGAAACUGUUCGCGAAGAAACUGAAGGAAGCCGGUUUAGACUUAGAUGAUGCUACAAUAAUAGAAAACGACACAAACUCCAACGCCAAAGCACCUGUCGCACCAAGCAGAGUUGGCCCGACAAUAAGGAAAAAGGAGAGGGAAUAUAUGGGAAUGUUUUCAUUCCGAUCUGGAGACGAAAAUGUCAUCAUGAAGCAGAUGGUCUUAGAACUUAAGCCACGAACUGCUGUUGCUCUUCUUCCUGGUCUUCCGGCCUACAUAAUAUUUAUGUGCAUAAGACAUACGGAUUACAUAAAUGAUGAAGAUAAAGUAAAGACUCUUCUUUCGGCAUUCACAAACUCGGUGAAGAAAAUUAUCAGGAAACGGCAUGACGAUUUCGAAACCACUACGCUUUGGCUUGCAAAUACUUUAAGGUUGCUGCACAAUAUGAAGCAGUACAGUGGUGACAAAGCAUUCCAGAAGAAAAAUACUUCAAAGCAGAACGAGCAAUGUUUAAGAAACUUUGAUCUGUCGGAAUACAGACAAGUGUUAUCAGAUAUUGCUGUGUGGAUAUAUCAAGGUCUGAUAAAGAACUUUGAGGAAAAAGUUCAACCACUUAUAGUACCGGCCAUCUUGGAACAUGAGGAAAUUCCAGGUAUUAGUGGCAAUAAACCCAGUGGUUUCAGAGGAAGAACUAGUAGCUUAGCUAGAGAUCUGGAUAGUCCUGUUAACAAUCAGAAACCUACAACUGCUUUACUUCAAGAACUUACCAACCACCACAAGAUAUUAACCUUCUAUGGAGUUGAUCCAGAAGUGAUUUCUCAAGUCUUCAAACAAAUCUUCUACUUCCUGUGCGCCUCAAGUUUGAACAACCUGCUCCUUCGAAAAGAAUUAUGUCACUGGUCCAAAGGCUUCCAAAUCAGGCAUAACCUCUCCCACUUUGAAAUGUGGACGAGAGAGAAAAGUUUGGAUGAAGCUGCUAUACAAGGGACUCUUCAACCGAUCAUACAAGCGGCUCAUCUGUUACAAGCAAGAAAGACAGAGGAAGAUGUGGCGAGCGUCUGUGAAAUGUGUAGUGCCCUCACACCCUUGCAGAUAUGCAAAAUACUCAACCUAUAUACUCCUGUGGAUGAAUUUGAGCAGAGGGUGCCUGUGUCUUUCAUCAGGAAGGUCCAGGCUAAGUUACAGGAACGUCCUCAAAGUCAAGAACAACAGACUUUGCUCAUGGAUGUCAAAUACAACUUCCCAGUAAGAUUCCCCUUCAAUCCUUCAGUGAUAUGCCUGGAAGAUAUAGAAAUUCCGGAAUCAUUGAAAUUGCCUAUGCUCGAAAAGCUUUAAGUAGUUCAAUUGGGGCUCAUAUUCUACCAGAUAUUCCUAUAGGGUUAAUUAAAAAAUAUAAUGCCCUUACUGUAAAUAGAUGUAUAUUUGAGAAAAGUAUUCCUAAACGUCACAUUGAUAUUUCAAGAUGUAUAUCUUCUAGAAUGGGAACAACAAAGGUUUUAAAAGUAAAAUUUGUAAUUUUUCUACAAAUAUACUUUGGUAUCUAAUGUUUUCAAAUAUAAGAAUCAAUAGAACAAAAUCUGGUCCUCACGCUGGUCACAAGUAAUACUAAAAAGUAGGGCAGUAAUUUUGAUAAAUAUAAAUUGUAUUAAAUAAAUUUCAAUUUUUAUUGUUCAAAAUAAUAGAACUGAAAAAUAACAAUGUUUGCCUAAAUUACAAAAUAAUUUCCAAGCAUAAAUUUGAUCAUCCAAAAAAUUAAGAAAAUAGAUACUAGUAAUUCUAAGGUAUUGAACUUUUCUGCAUCUUGAAAUAUUCCAUAAGAUGUGUAAUCUACAGUUAUCACAAACAAUGCAAUUAAGCGAAUAUUUACAUCUAUAUGCAUUCCAUAUUUUAUAGUGUGAUUAACUCUUUUGCUGUUUAAUUUAGGAUACAUUAAUUUAUUUAUUUUUAUUUACUGUAAUUGUAAUUUUUUGUACAUUUGAAGGUUUCGAACAUAAGUUACUGAAAUUUGUGUGCCAUGGACUUGAAAAUAAUUUUGUAGAUAUAUUUUAAACUGUUCAAUUGUGUACAUAGAAUUAGGGUUAAUUUUGUUGUUAAAACUUCAGCAAGUGGAAGACAAAUCAGGAAUUAUCAGUUUCAUUGUGUAUUAACUUAUUAUGUUUACUGUACUGUUAUCACAUCCAAAUUUCUCAUAAUAAUUCCAAAUUGUUAAGUCAGCAGGGUUAUUAAAAAACUUAUGCCUACUAUACAUUUGGCCUACUAAUAUGUCAAACAAGCACUUUGUAUGUAGAAUUCGAAAAUUUUUAUUGUCAACUUUUAGAAGACAACUAGUAGGUACUUUUAAAUGAGAAAAUCUGUAUUCUGUUUUGUCGCCCACUGCUGAUACCACUUAAAUCAAUUAUUUACGAAUUGUUAUGGAUUAAAUUAUAUAUUGUUGUUGAAACUGAUCCAACUUUAAUUGGAUUUCCUCGAUUUUAGCUGUGAAUAUAUAAAAAGGCAAGCAAUAGUUUUUAGUAAAUACUUCAUUACUGCAAUAUCUUUUAACCGUUUAUCGCGUCUGUCAGUAAUUCUCGGGUGAUGGUUAGGCACAUAUCUUUCUGUACAGUUGGAUAUGUUUAAGUGCUUUGAAAAUGUGCUUCUAUAUGAAAUAUUUAAGAAAUAUAUUUAUACAAUACAUUGUUGCUUCUAUCUCUACAAGUUUGCAAUUACGUUUUUAAAUAAUUUAUAUCGUAUUACUUUUUUGUUUUUCGAUUCCAUCUUCCUCAUUAGAAACUAUUUAUGGAAAUUGCGAAUAUUGGUCAAAAAAAUAUUGGAAACAAUUGAGAAACGUAUUUAGAUUUACUGAGUGUACAGACAAUUUAUCAAAUUAAAAAUUCUCAUGAAUAAUUUGUAUAUAUUUAUUUUACAUUAAUUCUAUGAUUCUAAUUCGUACUUUGACAAUGUCUAUAUUUCUAUGAAAAAUAUUAUUUUGGUACAACUCUGUAUAAAACUUGUAGAAAGUGAUAGAUAUUUUCUUUAUACUGUAGUGCAAAAACAUAUUUUGUAAGAAAUUUAUUAGUAAUUAACAAAUCGCUGAUAAUACGAAAAUUAUGUCAAUACAUGUUAAUAUAUUAUAUAGAGAAAAGAUGAUUGUUGAAUGAUCCAAAUUUUAAGGUCAGUUGUGGAUAACUUAAAUACAACUAAAUUUGUAGUUAAAAUCCUGUGCAAAAUGUAUAAACUACAAACAGAUAUUAAAUAUGU